CAAUUCAUUCUGAUCCUAUGGAUCAAACAGUGUAUCAGAAUGAAGUAGAGCAAGACCUUGAGCAAACAGUCAUCUUAGAAUUUAUACCAACUGUGGAGCUGGAACAUUCCCAAACUGUGCCUCAAAAUGAAAUCCCGUCCUCUCUGGUAGCAGCCACUGACCUGGAGAAGACUGCAGAUCAGAUUGUAUUAGAUGAGCAGACCAGCCUGUCGGUCCCAGCACUUGUGACAACAGUUGAGCUGGAGCUGACACCUUUACAAACAGAGCAACAGGGCCUUCCUCCUGGCUAUUUUGUUCCAACAGACACACUUACACAAACAAGUGAAUCUGAAACUAAUCUCCAAGGAGUGGUUGAUUCACAGAUGCAAACAGUAAGUCUAGAUCAGGACCAAUCUGUGAUGGAUGGACUUACACCACAAGAGACGCAGGAAAAUGCUGGAGAAGAACAAUCUAAACAAGAACCAUCUGAGAAGUUGCUGAUAGAUAGCAAGGAGGUUCAGGAGCAGGUGGAGAACCAGUCUGAAGUUGAGGAUCCACCUUCUAAAAAAGACGUUUCAUCACACUUAGAGACCAAGCAGGUGCCCCAGAUGUCAGAGUUACCGGUAAAUGUAAUGUCAGCUCAAGAACUUGUCAAAGUGCGGAAAAGAAAGCCAACCAGUGCGUUUAUCUUUCAAGGAUAUAUGCAAGAACUGGUCGGAUCCAUAUGCAAGGAUGACUUACAGAUUGAUGCCACACCUUCCAAACGGCAAAGAAGAAAGAAAUCUCACCUUGUUGUUAAAUUUGGUCCACAAAACAAAGAGAAAAAAAACAAGAAACAGAAGAAGCCUUCACAGCAGCGUCAGCCAAUGCAAGACGAAGGGAUAAGAGGUAAAACACCAACAACAAAUCUCUCAGAGAAAAAGACACAGAAGAAGUCACAGAAGAAGGGAAGAAAGGCAAAAAGGGACAAGAAAGCGGGGCAUUUGAUUUCUUCUGCUGAAAUAAAAUCACCAUCAUCCACCCAGGACCCACAAGUGAAACAAACCAAAGAGGAUAAAAGAAAAAAGAAAAGCAAAAAGCAAAAAGAAGUUACCAAGGAUGAUGUGAUACACAUUAGUGAGCACAAAACUUUAGCCUCGCCUGUAUUUAAAAAGAAGAAACAAACAAAAAUAAUGCAAAAAGAUCAGCCCAAGAAUGCAAAAGGUGGGAAACGAAAGAAAAACCUGGCUAAAGAGGAAAAAGGUAAUAAGAAAGAAAGUGCAGCUUCAGCAGACAUACCUGCACCACAUAUAACACAAGAUACUCUACUUCUGCUGAAGGGUCAUAAACAGCCUCAACUGAAAGUUUACAAGUUAGACCCUUUAAAGGCAUCAGGCCAGACACAGGAGGCUUCACCUCAUGAGGCUCAAACAAUGUUAAAGAGUAAAGACAAAAGAUUUAAACAUUCGACAAGUCAGUCUCCAAAUAAUCUCACAGCGGAAGGUAAGCAAAAAGGCGAAAGACCCCAAAAGAACCAGAAAAAGCUUUCGUUGUUGUCCUCGCUGCAGGCUUCUCCUCAAGCACCUGAGAAGCGGCUCACCAAGCCAAAGACCACCAGGAAACGUAAAGCCUCCUCGAAAGUGGAGACCGAAGGAGUGAUAACUUCUCAUUCCAAGCGCGCCUUAGAGUGUAAGGACUGUGGGCAAAGAUUUAGCGAAGUCUCUUCCCUUCAGAAGCACAAGGCAACAGUGCAUAUCGUAGAGAGUCCUGGUCUCACUUACACCAAUGGGAACAUCUUUGAAGGCGUCUCCAGGUUGGAUCUUUACCAACUUCCUAAACAGCACAUUAAGGUUGUUGAGGUGAUGAAUGCUGCUGCAGACUGGGAUACUGAGCCUGAGAUUGCAGAGAUGGCAUUAGAAGAGAGAGAGCAAAGUGUCUCUUUCCCAGCUUUGAUUCCAUCCCCAUCUUUUCCUGUUCCUCCUUCAGAUAUUGAAAUGAUUCCCUAUGAAAAUGAGGCUGGACGAAAAACAGAAGCAUACAAACAAUCUCAUACCUCUCAACAAGUUCCAUCACCAUCUGAUCAAAUUAAAACCAGUGAGACACCUCCAUCCUUCACAUCUGAAUCCCCUUUAAGUACCUCCAUUCAGACAAAGAGUUCGGAGACACAAGAGCCUUUGGCAUCAGAUGAGGAUAAGCAAGAAAAAAGUACCCCAAGGAAACCCAGCUCAGAAUCUGAAGUGCAGUGUCCCACAGAUGAGGACAUAAAGGAGGAUUUACUUCUCGAGGUGGAUUUAGUCACUGUUGGGGAGCAGAAUGAGAUAAAUGAACCAACCUUUCAUGAAGACACGGUUCCCCAAAAUGAAUCAAGUGGAACCGGCAAUUCUGAGGGUGGAAGCACCAACAAACUUUCUGGAGAAGGUAGUAAUGAAACAACAACUGGAAAAAGUCUAACAUUACAGACUGUGUCAUGCUCCACUCAUCAAGUGGUGAUCAAAGAAGAGGAAGAAGAACUGCUAGUUCAGAAGAAAAAAGAAGGAGGGGAAGGAGCUGUUUCGAGGAACGCUACAAGGGGUAGGAGAAGAGGAAUGGGACGUUUAAAACGGGUCGCGAUAUCAAAGAGAGCUUCAGUUGGAGAUACCAUCAGAGGAACAGAAUUAGAGAAAGAACAGGAUGAAUGUCAGGUACUUUACGAAAAACGUCCCAUUAGCUCUGAUUCAGAAAUGAAUGACGAAGGCGAGACCGGCACAAAAACUAUACCGCGAGAGAUCAGUUCCAAAUUUGAGGCCAACAAAGCUACUGUGCCUGCUGCAUCUUUGUCUUCCAUGCCCUCUACGUUAGAGAAAUCUCCUGAAGAGCAAGUUAUGUUGGAGUCGGUUACCACUAGUGUUGAGGAAGUAAGAGGACUGCAGGGAGGAGAGGAACACGACAGGGAUGCUAACCAGUCUCCAGUCAUCAUACUCGAGAAGUUCCUCACCCCAAGACAGAGCGGAACUGCUGACAAGGAGCCGGGCCUGAUGAUAGCGAGGAACAAUUACAGACAGGGUUUGGACAGCUUUGCUGGUAAUGAAGCCCUUGGGAGCCAGGAGAUCAAGGUUGAGGAGAAUAUCUCAGAUCCAUCAUUGGUUUCACCCAUAUGUCAAAACAGACAGAGUGGUAGUGUGCAGCCCCAGCACCAUCGUGAUAUAAGGACUGUUCUGGUGAAGGAGGAGAGCAGCCUCGUGCUGAAUGAGGCCACGCAGGGCAGCAGACGCAUCCGAUGGAAUGUGGAGCCAGUCAACCCUGAAAACACCUCCAGUCCAUUAAUGGAAAGUGAAGAGGCAACGAUUGACGAGGGUUGUGUCACCCCUGAGUUCAACACCAACCAGUGUAUCUUCUACCCAGUGAAGGAGGAGGAGAGGGAGAUUCAGCUGGGAGCUGCUCAGAUCAACAGUGGAAAUUUAACAACAGGGGCAUCAAGUGAUGCCCAGCAGACAGAACAACAAGAAACGGAUAGUAAUUUAAAUGAAGGGAGCCAUUCUGCACCAGGCUACCAGGAGAUGAGAGUGAGAGGACUGUUGCCAGAACCAGGGGUCAGUGACUUUGCAGAUGGACAAGCCGAGGCAGACGCUGAGUGGAAGGAUCCACCAGACCUUCGGGACUUUCUCCUCCAGAGCUCUGAUGAAGAGGACGUGGGUUGUUUUGAGUUGUCUGAUCCUCAGCUUGACUCCGAAGCAGAAGUAAUGGCCUAUUUCUACAAGAACCAAACACAUUGUGCACGGCAACAAGAUGAAAUAUCACAAAAUUUGCCAACUUCAACAAGCCAGAUCCAAGCACCAAGAGAGGAAAACAAGACCACAGAGCCCAUUGACUACUUCUCCAAGUAUUUUGGUGGGGAUACCUGGGUAGAAAUUGCCAAUUGCACAAAUAAACUGUCCAACAUGCCCAAACCGGUCACAGCCAGAGAGGUUGCACAGUUUGUUGGCAUCCACAUUGCAAUGGGAACUUUAAAGUUUCCCAGUCCAAGGCUCUACUGGGAGAACUUGACCAAGGUGCCAUUGAUUGCUGACGCAAUGCCACUUUCACGUUUCCUCGAGCUGUCUCGCAUGUUGAAGCUUGCCUCUCCUGCAAAGGAUCCAGUCAACAGUAAUGAUCAGGAAGGAAGACAUGAUAGGGAUUUUCAAAAUGCACAGCGAGGUAAAACUCUCUCAAGCAGACAAAGUGAACUAUGCCAGCGUGACACGCCAGAUGACCUGAACAAUUCAAAAACACAGACAGAUCCCCUGUGGAAGGCUCAGCCAUUAUUGUGCCGUUUCAACGCAGGGUGCCAGUCACUGAGAAAAGAGGGUGAUUAUGCAGUUGACCAAUAUCCACUUCCUUUGACUGGGAAGAUGCACAAUAAGAAGCUGUCUCUUUACUGUACUACAUUAAUUGGAUUUGGUGGUUUGCUUUUACAUGUGGAUCUGAAGUUAGGUCAGUCCAGCAAAGAAGAUGCUGUAGAAAACAUGGUCCCCAAAGGUAGUAUGGUGUUUCUAUGCAAACAGGAACUGUCCACCCCUGCUAUGCUGGAGCGUCUGUUAGCUGCUGGGGUUCAUGGUGCAGGAAGGGUCGGAGGAGCCCGAGGACAGAUCGGAGAUGAGUUUGUAAGCUCAGAUGGGAAGCUGAUGUUGCGCAGAUCACACUGUGGCUUCAUACUUUCUACAGCGGGAAAUGGCCAGAGGGACAUGGCUUCACUCAUUGACAACUUUGAGAAGGCCCAGAUGUCAGCUCAUCUCAACAGAGAUUUGCAGAAUCUUUACUCUAUCCCUCUCACUGCAUCAGCCCCAACCUGCUGGCCUCAAGCGGUGCUCUGGUACCUAACAGAUCUGGCUUUGGUAAACUCCUGGCUCCUGUACAGACAGGAUCACAGGGCAGUGUCCGCACCUUUGACUCUCAUGGCCUUCAGAUUGGAGGCAUCCAAGGCUUUGAUCCUCUCCAACGGCUCUGAUACCCAGGACUCAGUUCCUCCUCAACCCCCCAAAGAGAAAGCUCUUGCAACAAAUGAAAAGCCCAAUCCCAGCCUGGUGGAGGAGAGCCCUCUGCCAGAUGCAGCCACACGGUACGAUGGUUCAGGCCACUGGCCAGAGCAGCUUGGGGAGGGAGAAGGGGGCAGGUGCCGUUUCGGCGACUGUCAGAGAACGUCUCGAGUGCUAUGCCUUAAGUGCUGUGUCUUUCUUUGUAUCUCACGCAACCACAACUGCUUUUUGAAUUUCCACAAUCAAGAGCAGUGUUAACUACAGAAUUCACCCUUUACUGUUCAACAUGUUGCUUUCUGAUUGAGAAUGUAUUUGUGCUUUAGUGUACGAAAACCCAGCUAAACAAAAAAAAGAAAUGAUAUAAUCUCCUUACAACUUUUCCAUGAUGCGUUUCACUGGCAGGGGAAUUCUUUCGAAGGGUUAUUUGUGCUGCAGUUUAAAACAAAUGCUUUGUAAUGUGGCUUAUAAUGUCAUUCAGCAAGUGUGAAAAUGAAUUUGCCUUCAAAAGGAAAUGUAAAUAAAUAUACAUAGCCAUACAAUGUGUGCUGAAAAAGAAGCGCAAAAUAUGAUUUUGACAUUGAAGUUAGAUUUGUUUUUAAUAUUUAUUUUAACCUGACCAAAUGUUCAGUCCUUGAAGAGCGUGCUUUUGGCUCUAUUAAUUUAAACAAUAAAAUACAGAUCAUGAUGCCAUCACAUGUUUGCACAAGCCAACAUUAAAUUUUAUUAUUUACA